CUGUAUCAUUCACACAUCUGCACUCAUACCCGUCCACUGUCUUUAGAUACAUCUUUUAUGCUGAUAUUAAAAACUGGUUCCUGGAAAGAUGGAAAUAACAACAAAGAAGCUUAAUUGAAACAUUUGAUCUAGCGAGGUGUCACAAUGCAUCAUUCAUUUGCGUUUCAUGCAGAAAUAUCACCAGCAGAUUUGUCUUCUUGCCUCAUACAUGUUACGGUACCUCACCCUGCUUGAUGUUCCUUUUUGUUUCAGCACAUUUGUUCUUUGUUGACGUUGAGUUGAUUUCUGUUCCCCUUUGAAUACAGAACAUGUUUUCACACUGCUGCAAAAAAUGACUCCAGCCUUAUCCAACUUAGCUUCCUUUAAAAACAUGGAAAUCAAUACAAGUUUAAUAUUUUUCUUUUCUGAUGGAUAACUUGUCAAACAUAUUAAAAAACACAUAAUUCUGAUAUAUUUGCUAUCUGUCUUUGAAUGCAAGUUACGACUAUAAUUUAAAGCAAAAAGAUUUCUAUAUUUCACUAUUCUGACAUAGUCCUAAAAAUGUCCAAUUGAACCGAAACCCCAUUUAUCCCGAAAACAGAUGGCCAUUGCUCCGCAGGCCCAUUGCUCCGAAAGUGCAACGAACAGAAGCACAUGGCCAAUUAUUAUGCACAAUGACCUCACCAGACCGUAUUUAUAUAUUUUUUUCCUACUAUGGCAAAGGCAUGACCCGCCCUACUCUGCCUCUGAUUGGCUCACCCUGAUAUUUCUACCCUAACCCUAACCAAUCUCACUCCUCAUGCCUAAACCUAACCAACCCGACCAACAAAGGCACCGAGUAAUAAUCAGACCUGUCUCUUUGUUAGCGCGAUAUCUCAAUAAGUAAUGCACAGAUUUUAACAUGGGCCAAGGGUGAUGCUGAGGGAACAUGGGACGGACCCCGACAUGAAAAUCACGCAUAAUAAUAGAGACAGAUUUAACUGAAAAUGUGGACAGAAAAGUCCAUAUUUCAGCUUUUUUAUAAGAUAGAUGACAGAAACCUUCUCUGGCUGAGGCUAAUGGAACUCUAGAGAGGCUCUCGAUUCGCGGCAUUUUAUUAGUUUCAUUAUUGCAGCUGGCUCGGUCAGUUCCUGGCCUGACAGGAGUUGGGAGUUGUGGACGAGCCAGGCCUUUGAACUGGUGAGCAGGGGAUUGAGAAUUGCGUGGCAUGCAGCCCAGUGGAGGGUCCCGCCCGCCUCUGUCAGGGCUGGAUGGGGAAACCCGACACCCCCAGAGCACUGGACAGGCCUAUCCCCCUCCUUAUUAACACGCACCGCUACCACCACCACCUGUCCUCACCAGGCCUGGCGCUUAUGCACACCAGGGCUAAUGGUGCAGUGUUGCCACUUGACACACCGGCCCCCGACUCGUCCCAGUGGAUUAUGGGUGCUUAACCCCACAGAAGGGUUUAGCAUUCUCCUCCUGUGGGCUCCACUAAAUGGUUGUUUUGGCUAAUCUAUCUAUAACUCUCCCAGUAAUUGUGUUUUCUUAUUCCAUCCUUGCUGGAUGUUGAGAAAAGUCGUCCCAAGGUGGGGGUCAUCGUACCUUACUGUACGGUCACGCCAUCCUUCUGAGACACUACCACUCAGGCAUGUACCUGAGCUGUUUGACUACAUCUCGGUCUCUCACGGACAAGCUGGCCUUUGACGUGGGCUUACAAGAAGACGCCACUGGUGAGGCAUGUUGGUGGACCAUCCAUCCAGCCUCCAAGCAAAGGUCAGAAGGUGAAAAGGUCCGGGUGGGUGACGACCUCAUCCUGGUCAGCGUGUCCUCUGAGAGAUACCUGCACCUUUCCUACGCCAGUGGGGAUCUGAUGGUGGACGCCUCCUUCAUGCAGACUCUGUGGAACAUGAAUCCGAUCACUUCAGGAUGCGAACUUGCUGAGGGGUUCCUGACAGGAGGUCACGUUCUCAGGCUGUUCCACGGCCACAUGGACGAGUGUCUGGCCAUCGCUACUCCAGAGGAAGGAGAGGAGAAGCGCAGGAUGGCCCACUAUGAAGGCGGUGCCGUGUGCAGUCAGGCUCGUUCCUUGUGGAGGUUGGAGCCUCUGAGAAUCAGCUGGAGUGGUGGCCACAUGAAGUGGGGUCAGUCUUUCCGUAUUCGUCACAUCACAACAGGCCGGUACCUGUGUCUGGAUGAGGAGAAGGGUCUGUUGGUGGUCGACCCAGAGAAGGCCAAAACCAAACUCUCCGCUUUCUGCUUUCGUGCUACAAAGGACAAGGUGGAGGUGGCUCAGAAGCGUGAUGUUGAGGGGAUGGGCAUUCCAGAGAUAAAAUAUGGAGAGUCCAUGUGCUUUGUCCAGCAUGUGUCCACAGCCCUGUGGCUCACGUAUGCCGCCUUGGAUGCCAAAGCUGCUCGUCUGGGAAUGAUGAAGAGAAAGGUCAUUCUGCACCAGGAGGGCCAUAUGGACGACGCCCUUACUGUGUCCCGCUCCCAGACUGAAGAGUCUCAGGCUGCUCGAAUGAUUUACAGCACUAUGGGCCUCUUCAGGCUGUUCAACAAGGGUUUGGAUGCUCUGAAAGGGAAGAACAAGUCACCGGGGGCUGCGUGUCUUCCUCUGGAGGGGGUCAUCCUCUCUCUUCAGGAUCUCAUCUUCUACUUUCGUCCUCCCGAGGAGGAACUGGAGCACGAGGAGAAGCAGACCAAACUUCGCUCCCUCCGCAACCGACAGAACCUCUUCCAAGAGGAGGGAAUGAUCACCAUCGUGCUGGAGUGCAUCGACCGGCUGAACGUGUACAACACUGCUGCCCACUUCUCUGAAUUUGCCGGGGAGGAAGCUGCAGAGUCCUGGAAGGAGAUUGUCAACCUUCUUUACGAGCUGCUGGCUUCUCUAAUCAGGGGGAACCGCUCUAAUUGCGCGUUGUUCUGUGACAACCUGGACUGGCUGGUCAGCAAGCUGGACCGUCUGGAGGCCUCCUCAGGUAUUCUUGAGGUGCUGUACUGUGUGCUAAUUGAAAGCCCUGAGGUUCUGAACAUCAUCCAGGAGAACCACAUCAAAUCGAUCAUCUCUCUCCUGGACAAGCACGGACGGAACCACAAGGUCCUGGAUGUCCUGCGCUCUCUUUGUGUGUGUAAUGGUGUCGCUGUGAGGUCCAACCAGAACCUCAUCACUGAAAACUUGCUGCCGGGUCGUGACCUCUUGUUGCAGACCAGCAUCGUAAACUAUGUCACCAGUUUGAGACCCAACAUCUUCCUGGGUACAUGCGAGGGGUCCACGCAGUACAAGAAAUGGUACUUUGAGAUGAUGGUAGACUACGUGGAACCCUUUGUGACGGCGCAGGCCAGCCACCUGCGUGUGGGCUGGGCUAUGACCGAGGGCUACAGCCCCUACCCUGGAGGAGGAGAAGGCUGGGGAGGCAACGGUGUGGGAGAUGACCUCUACUCCUAUGGCUACGAUGGACUGCAUCUCUGGUCAGGCACCGUACCUCGCCAGGUGGCUGCGCCCAGCGCACACGCCCUGGCUGCAGACGACGUCGUCAGCUGCUGUCUGGAUCUGAGCGUGCCCAGCAUCUCCUUCCGUAUUAACGGCCACCCAGUUCAGGGCAUGUUUGAGAACUUCAACGUGGACGGCCUCUUCUUCCCCGUCAUCAGCUUCUCUGCUGGAGUCAAGGCUCGGUUCCUCCUUGGCGGCCGUCAUGGCGACUUCAAGUUCAUGCCCCCGCCCGGCUACGCCCCGUGCUACGAGGCCCUGCUGCCCAGAGACAGGAUGCGUAUUGAACCCAUCAAGGAGUACAAGCACGACUUCCAAGGCGUGCGCAACCUGCUGGGUCCCACGCUGUCCCUCACCCACACCUCGUUCACCCCCUGCCCCGUGGACACUGUUCAGAUCGUGUUGCCACCCCACUUGGAGCGUAUCCGAGAGAAGCUGGCAGAGAAUAUUCACGAGCUCUGGGCUGUCACCCGCAUUGAGCAGGGCUGGACCUAUGGGGGCUUCAGAGAUGACAACAAGAAACUCCAUCCUUGUCUGGUGGACUUCCAGAGUCUCCCUGAACCAGAGAGGAACUACAACCUGCAGAUGUCUGGCGAGACUCUCAAGACUCUGUUGGCGCUGGGUUGCCACGUUGGUAUGGGUGACGAGAAAGCAGAGGAGAAUCUCAAGAAGAUCAAGCUGCCCAAGACCUAUGUGAUGAGCAAUGCAUUCAAGCCUGCCCCCCUUGACCUCAACCAUGUCAAACUGACGCCAAACCAGAACCAGCUUGUAGAAAAACUGGCAGAAAAUGGACAUAACGUUUGGGCAAGGGACCGGGUACGACAAGGAUGGACCUACAGUAUUGUGCAGGACAUCCUGAAUAAGCGAAACCCUCGUCUGGUACCUUACAACCUGCUGGACGAGAGAACUAAGAAAACCAACCGAGACAGCGUCAACAACGCCGUCCGCACCCUCAUUGGCUAUGGCUACAACAUUGAGCCUCCCGAUCAGGAGAGCACUGGCCAUGGCCUGGAGAACACCCGCGGGGACAAGGUACGGAUCUUCAGGGCAGAGAGGUCGUACGCCGUCACCCAAGGAAAGUGGUACUUUGAGUUUGAGGCUGUUACCACGGGGGAGAUGAGAGUGGGCUGGGCACGUCCUAGUGUCCGCUCUGACACUGAGCUGGGAGCAGAUGAACUGGCCUACGUCUUCAACGGCAACAAGGCUCAGAGAUGGCAUGUUGGCAAUGAUUCCUUCGGUCGCCAGUGGCUGUCUGGUGAUGUCGUCGGCUGUAUGAUCGACCUGACUGAGAUGAACAUCAUGUUCACACUCAACGGAGAGAUGCUGAUCAGUGACUCGGGCUCGGACAUGGCCUUCAAAGACAUUGAAAUUGGGGAAGGUUUUAUACCGGUGUGUGCCCUGGGCCUGUCUCAGGUUGGAAGGAUUAAUCUUGGGCAGAAUGUCAGCAGCUUGCGCUAUUUUGCCAUCUGUGGCCUGCAGGAAGGAUUCGAACCUUUUGCCAUCAACAUGAAGCGAGACAUUACCAUGUGGUUCAGUAAAAGUCUGCCCCAGUUCGUGCCUGUACCCUCCGAUCACAAUCAUAUUGAGGUCUCCCGUGUGGACGGGACUGUGGACAGCGCCCCCUGUCUGAAGCUGACCCACAGGACCUUUGGCUCGCAGAAUGCCAACACAGAUAUGAUGUUCCUCCGACUCAGCAUGCCCGUCCAGUUCCACGAGAUCUUCAAGUUCCAGGCAGGCACGACCCCUCUCACCCGUGCCCUCACCAUACCAGAGGAGGAAGUGAUAGUGGUGGAGCCAGACUCGGAGUUCGAGGUUCUGAAGAAGUCGGCCGGCCGCAAGGAGCAGGACGAUGAAAAGAAGGAGCCAUCUGUACCGAAGGAGAUCUCUGUGGAAAACGAGAAGGACACAGCGUCAGAAAAGGGAAAGAAAAAAGGAUUCUUCUUCAAGGCCAAGAAGGUUGCCAUGACACCUCUUUCCCCUCCUCCUCCUCCUGCAAUGGUGCCCCGGUUGGUGGAAGAUGUGGUCCCUGAUGACAGAGAUGACCCUGAGUUCAUCCAGAAUACCACCACUUAUUACUACUCGUUGAGGAUCUUUGCUGGGCAGGAGCCGUCUGGUGUGUGGGUUGGCUGGGUCACUCCUGACUACCACCAGUACGAUCCAACCUUUGACCUCUCCAAAGUGCGCAGCGUCACUGUUACUGUGGGAGAUGACAGAGGCAACAUACACGACAGCAUGAAGCACAGUAACUGUUACAUGGUGUGGGGAGGAGACCUGGUCAGCAAUCAGCAGACCCGCUUCAGCCAGGAGGACAUGGUGAUUGGCUGCUUGGUCGACCUGGCAACAGGCCUCAUGACCUUUACAGCCAACGGAAAAGAGAUCAACGCCUUCUACCAGGUGGAGCCCAACACCAAGCUGUUCCCUGCCGUCUUCGUUCAGCCCUCCAAUCAGAACAUGGUGCAGCUGGAGCUGGGCAAACUCAAGAACAUCAUGCCCAUCUCAGCCGCCAUGUUCCACAGCGAGCGUAACAACCCGGUCCCCCAGUGCCCUCCCAGGCUGGAUGUCCAGAUGCUGACCCCGGUUAUCUGGAGUCGUAUGCCCAAUCACUUCCUCAACCCGGAGGUGGGCAGAGUGAGCGAGAGGUUGGGCUGGAUGGUGGAGUGUACUGAGCCUCUCAUCAUGAUGGCUCUGCACAUCCCAGAGGAGAACAGGUGUAUUGACAUCCUGGAGCUGUCGGAGCGUCAGGAUCUGAUGAAGUUCCACUACCACACCCUCAUGCUCUACUGCGCCGUGUGUGCACUCGGCAACAACCGAGUGGCCCACGCGCUGUGUAGCCACGUGGAUGAGUCCCAGCUCUUCUACUCCACCGAGAACACCUACCUGCCCGGACCCCUCCGCAGCGGCUACUACGACCUGCUCAUCAGCAUCCACCUGGAGUCGGCCAAGCGGGCACGCCUGGGCACCAACAGGGAAUUUAUCGUCCCCAUGUCUGCAGAGACGCUCAGCAUCCACCUCUAUCCUGAUGCGAAGAAGGCCCAUUCUCUCCCCGGUGUCGGCCUAACCACCUGCUUACGGCCCAAGCUGCAUUUCUCGUCCAUCAACUUCGUCGGCAUGGACCCUAACUUGUACACCAUGAGUCCUGUUUUCCCCCUGCAGGAGCUGAAGACCAGGGCGAUUAGCAUGUUAACAGAGGCCGUGCUGGAUGGGAGCCAGGCCAUGCGGGAUCCAGUAGGAGGCAGCGUGGAGUUCCACUUCGUCCCAAUCCUGAAGCUGAUCAGUACGCUGCUCAUGAUGGGAAUCUUCAACGAUGAGGACACGAAGCACAUCCUCAAGAUGAUCGAUCCAAAUGUGUUCAGUGGAAAGGAGGUGGAGGAGGAGGAGGGAGAGAAAGCUGAGGAGGGUGGAGCUGCCGAUGAAGCAAAGGAAGAGGAGGACGCUGAGGCCGACCUCGAGGAUGAAGGGGUCGGUGACGAGGAAGAGGAGCUGAAAGAUUUAGGAGGAGAGUAUAAGGAGGCGGAUGCUGAGUCUAAGGAGGAAGGAGAGGUGGAGGAGAAGGAGGAGGGAGAAGCCAAAGGAGUAAAGGUGGAUGUAGAGAAGGCAGAGGAGGAGAAGGAGAUCGAGGCAGUGGAGGCAGAAGUGAAAGAAGAAGAGGAGGGUCUGGAGGAAGGAUUGCUCCAGAUGAAGCUACCGGAGUCUGUCAAACUGCAGAUGUGCACACUGCUGCAGUACUUCUGUGACUGCGAGCUGCGACACAGAGUGGAGGGCAUCGUGGCCUACUCCGACCAGUUCGUCAACGACAUUCAGAAGAACCAACGCGUUCGCUACAGCCUGUUAAUGAGAGCCUUCACCAUGUCGGCUGCUGAGACUGCACGCAAGACCCGCGAGUUCCGUUCACCACCACAGGACCAGGUUCUCUUGCUGACCAACUUUAAGCACAGUCCAGAGGAUGAGAACAGUCCAGUGCCCGAGGAGGUGCGGGACACUCUGGCAGAGUUCCACAAUGACCUCCUUCUUCACUGCGGCAUACAUAUUGAGGAGGAGACGGAGGAAGAGGAGGUGGACUCCUCGCUGAGGAGUAUGCUCGUCAGUCUGGUCGAUAAGAUCAGGAGCUUGCGCAAGAAGAAGGAGGAGGAGGAAAAGCCGGAGGUCGAGGAGGAAGCAAAGCCCAGCUCCCUUCAGGAACUGAUCUCCCACACCAUGAUCCACUGGGCCCAGGAGUCGUUCAUUCAGAACCCCGAGCUGGUGCGCUUGAUGUUCAGCCUGCUCCACCGGCAGUACGACGGCCUCGGCGAGCUGAUCCGAGCGCUGCCCAAAGCCUACGCCAUCAAUGCCGUGUCCGUUCAGGACACCAUGGACCUACUCGAGUGCUUGGGGCAGAUCCGGUCGCUGCUCAUUGUCCAGAUGGGCCCGGAGGAGGAGCGGCUCAUGAUCCAGAGCAUCGGGAACAUCAUGAACAACAAGGUGUUCUACCAACACCCCAAUCUGAUGAGAGCUCUUGGUAUGCAUGAGACUGUCAUGGAAGUGAUGGUCAAUGUGCUGGGUGGAGGAGGAGACUCAAAGGAGAUUCGAUUCCCCCAAAUGGUGACCAACUGCUGUCGUUUCCUGUGCUACUUCUGUCGCAUCAGCCGACAGAACCAGCGCUCCAUGUUUGACCAUCUGAGCUACCUGCUGCAGAACAGCGGCAUCGGCUUGGGCAUGCGUGGGUCCACACCUCUGGAUGUGGCUGCGGCUUCUUGCAUUGACAACAAUGAGCUGGCCUUGGCUCUACAAGAGCAGGACCUGGAAAUGGUGGUGACAUACCUGGCGGGCUGCGGCCUGCAGAUGUGUCCAAUGCUCCUCUCGAAGGGCUACCCUGACAUCGGCUGGAACCCCUGUGGAGGAGAGAGAUACCUGGACUUCCUCCGCUUUGCUGUCUUUGUUAACGGAGAGAGCGUGGAGGAGAACGCCAACGUCGUGGUGCGUCUGCUCAUCCGGCGGCCCGAGUGCUUCGGCCCGGCCCUGAGAGGUGAGGGCGGGAAUGGUCUGCUGGCUGCCAUGGAGGAGGCCAUCAAGAUCUCAGAGGACCCGGCGAGGGACGGACCCACUGUCAAAAAAGACAGACGCUUCAUGUUCGGUGGUGAGGAACAGCAGGAGGAGAACCGUGUCCAUCUGGGAAAUGCCAUCAUGUCCUUCUACUCGGCCCUCAUCGAUCUGCUGGGUCGCUGCGCCCCCGAGAUGCAUCUGAUCCAAGCAGGCAAAGGUGAAGCUCUCAGAAUCAGGGCCAUCCUGAGGUCUCUGGUGCCCAUAGAGGAUCUGGUGGGAGUCAUCAGCUUAUCUGUCCAGAUUCCUGCCUUUGGGAAAGCCGCAGACGGGCAGAUCAUUGAGCCUAAGAUGUCCGCCAGUUUUGUGCCGGACCACAAGGCCUCCAUGGUGCUGUUCCUUGACAGAGUGUACGGUAUCGAGAACCAGGACUUCAUGCUUCAUGUGCUGGAGGUUGGCUUCCUGCCUGACAUGAGAGCUGCAGCCUCUCUGGACACGGUGUCAUUCAGUACGACUGAAAUGGCCCUGGCCCUGAACCGCUACCUCUGUUCGGCCGUGUUGCCUCUGCUCACCAAGUGCGCCCCGUUGUUUGCUGGGACGGACCACCGGGCCAUCAUGAUCGACUCCAUGCUCCACACCAUCUAUCGCCUGUCCCGCGGCCGAGCCCUCACCAAGGCUCAGAGGGACGUCAUCGAGGAGUGCCUCAUGUCGCUCUGCAAGUACCUUCGACCCUCCAUGCUGCAGCAUCUGCUUCGACGGCUGGUAUUUGAUGUGCCCAUCCUCAACGAAUAUGCAAAGAUGCCUCUCAAGCUGUUGACCAAUCACUAUGAGCGCUGCUGGAAGUACUACUGCUUGCCUAAUGGAUGGGCUAAUUUCGGGGUGACUUCAGAGGAGGAGCUGCAUCUGUCUCGUAAACUCUUUUGGGGAAUCUUUGAGUCUCUGGCGCACAAGAAAUACGACGCAGAGCUCUUCAAGAUCGCCAUGCCCUGCCUCUGCGCUAUAGCAGGAGCCAUCCCGCCUGACUACGUGGAUGCCACCUACUCCUCUCACGUGGAGAAGAAGGCCUCUGUGGAUGCUGAAGGCAACUUCGACCCCAAACCAGUGGAGACCACCAACACCAUCAUCCCAGAGAGGCUGGAUGCCUUCAUCAACAAGUUUGCAGAUCACACUCAUGACAGAUGGGCCUUUGAGAAGAUUCAGAACAACUGGACCUACGGAGAGGCGUUGGAUGAGAACGCUAAGUCUCACCCAAUGCUGCGGCCGUACAAAACCUUCUCUGAAAAGGACAAGGAGAUUUAUCGUUGGCCCAUCAAAGAAUCCGUCAAAGCCAUGCUGGCCUGGGAGUGGACCUUGGAUAAAGCCAGGGACGGGGAGGGAGAAGUGGAGAAGAAGGCCGCCACACGCAAGAUCUCCCAAACUGCUCAGGCCACUUAUGAUCCCAGUCAUGGCUACAACCCUCAGCCAAUUGAUAUCGCAGGAAUGGCCCUGUCCAGAGAGCUACAGUCUAUGGCCGAGCAGCUGGCUGAGAACUACCACAACACCUGGGGCAGGAAGAAGAAGCUGGAGAUACAGUCCAAAGGUGGUGGCACCCAUCCUCUGCUCGUGCCGUAUGACACCCUGACGGCUAAGGAGAAGGCCAGGGACAGGGAGAAGGCCCAGGACCUGCUCAAGUUCCUGCAGCUCAAUGGAUAUGCUGUGACAAGGGGACUGAAGGACAUGGAGCAGGACAUUUCCUCCAUUGAGAAGCGUUUCGCCUACGGCUUCCUCCAGAAGCUCCUUAAAUGGAUGGACAUCGCCCAGGAGUUCAUUGCUCAUCUCGAGGCCGUGGUCAGCAGUGGUAGAGUGGAGAAGUCGCCACAUGAACAAGAGAUCAAAUUUUUUGCCAAGAUCCUCCUGCCGCUGGUCAAUCAAUAUUUCAAAAACCACUGCCUGUACUUCCUCUCCACUCCCGCUAAAGUCUUGGGUAGUGGAGGGCAUUCCUCCAACAAGGAGAAGGAGAUGAUUGCAAGUAUCUUCUGUAAGUUGGGGGCUUUGGUGAGGCACAGAGUUUCUCUUUUUGGAACAGAUGCAGGCGCAGUGGUAAACUGCCUGCACAUCCUCUCACGAUCGCUGGAUGCCAGGACCGUUAUGAAAUCGGGCCCUGAGAUUGUCAAGGCCGUCCUGCGCCAGUUCUUUGAGAGCGCUGCCGAUGACAUUGAGAAGAUGGUUGAGAAUCUGAAACUGGGCAAAGUGUCCAGUCGGAACCAGGUUAAGGGUGUGUCCCAGAACAUCAACUACACCACCAAUGCCCUGCUGCCAGUCCUCACCUCACUGUUCGACCACAUCGCUCAGCACCAGUUUGGGGAUGACGUCAUGUUGGACGACCUGCAAAUAUCCUGCUACCGUUUGAUGUGCAGUAUCUACUCUCUGGGCACAGUGAAGACUCCACAUGUAGAGAAACAGCGACCAGCUCUUGGCGAGUGUCUGGCCCACUUAGCAGCUGCUAUGCCGGUGGCCUUCCUUGAGCCAUCGCUGAAUGAGUUCAACAUGUUUUCUGUUUAUACCACCAAGACUCCCAGAGAGAGAACUAUUCUGGGUCUUCCCAACCAAGUGGAGGAGCUGUGCACGGAUAUCCCAGAGCUGGAGGUCCUGAUGAAGGAGAUCCAUGACUUGGCUGAGUCCGGGGCUCGCUACACAGAAAUGCCCCACGUGAUUGAGAUCACCCUGCCCAUGCUGUGUAACUACCUCCCACGCUGGUGGGAGAGGGGCCUGGAGAACUUCCCCGAGAUGGAGGGCCAGCUGUGCACCUCCAUCACCUCCGAGCAGCUGAACCAGCUGCUGGGCAGCAUCAUGAAGAUUGUGGUUAACAACCUGGGUAUAGACGAGGCCUCCUGGAUGAAGAGAUUGGCAGUGUUUGCCCAGCCCAUCGUCAGCAGGGCUAAACCAGAGAUGCUUAAAUCCCACUUCAUCCCCACCAUGGAAAAACUGAAGAAGCGCACAGGUAAGGUGGUGGCGGAGGAGGAUCAGCUGCGGAUGGAGGGCAAGAUAGAGGUGGACAGCGAAAACGGGACCAUCAGAGACGAGUUCGCCGUGCUGUGUCGGGACCUGUAUGCUCUCUACCCUUUGCUCAUCCGCUACGUGGACAAUAACAGGGCAAGGUGGUUGACCUGUCCCGACCCAGAUGCUGAGGAGCUUUUCAGGAUGGUGGGAGAGGUCUUCAUUUUCUGGUCCAAAUCCCACAACUUUAAGAGGGAGGAGCAGAACUUUGUAGUGAUGAAUGAGAUCAACAACAUGUCCUUCCUGACUGCUGACAGUAAGAGCAAGAUGAGCAAGGCCGGAGAUGGAGAGUCUGGAGGCUCAGAGCAGGAGCGUACCAAGAAGAAGCGGCGGGGGGAUCGCUACUCUGUGCAGACCUCCCUUAUCGUUGCAGCGUUAAAAAAGAUGCUUCCUAUCGGACUCAACAUGUGCUCUCCGGCAGACCAGGAGCUCAUCAACCUCGCCAAGCUCAGAUACUCACUGAAAGACACAGAUGAAGAGGUGAGGGAGUUCUUGAACAACAAUCUGCAUCUGCAAGGCAAGGUGGAGGACCCCGCUAUGCGCUGGCAGAUGUCCCUUUAUAAGGAGCUGUCUGGAAAGGCUGAGGAUGCUGAGGACCCUGAGAAGGUGGUGAAAAGGGUUCAAGAGGUGUCUGCUGUCCUUUACCACAUUGAGGUGACGGAGCAUCCCUUCAAGUCAAAGAAAAUGGUGUGGCACAAGCUGCUGUCCAAACAGCGUCGCAGGGCCGUGGUAGCCUGUUUCAGGAUGACGCCCUUGUACAACGUCCCCGCGCACAGGGCAACCAACAUGUUCUUGGACGCCUACAAACGCAACUGGUUAGAGACUGAAGGUUACUCAUUUGAGGACAAGAUGAUCGACGACUUGUCAAAAGCCUUGGAGGAAGAGGAGGAAGAGGAAGAGGAGACCGAGACGAAGCCUGACCCCCUUCAUCAGCUGAUUCUUCAUUUCAGCCGCACAGCUCUCACAGAGAAGAGUAAACUCGACGUUGACCAUCUCUACAUGUCUUAUGCUGAUAUUAUGGCAAAGAGCUGCCACAUUGGUGAGGAGGACGAAGGGGGAGAUCAGGAGGGGGAGGAGCCAGCCUUUGAGGUGCGACAGACAGAGAUGGACAAGGAGAUGGAGAAACAGAGGCUUCUGUACCAGCAGUCGCGUCUGCACAACCGCGGGGCUGCAGAGAUGGUGCUGCAGAUGAUUAGUGCCUGUAAAGGUGAACCUGGAGUCAUGGUUUCUUCCACACUCAAACUGGGAAUCUCCAUCCUCAAUGGAGGCAACUGUGAUGUACAGCAGAGGAUGCUGGACUAUCUGAAGGAUAAAAAGGAUGUGGGGUUCUUCCUCAGCGUUCAGGCUCUGAUGCAGACCUGCAGCGUUUUGGACUUGAAUGCUUUUGAGAGACAAAACAAGGCCGAGGGACUUGGGAUGGUUUCAGAGGAAGGGACUAAUAAGAAGCUAGAACGUGAUGAGAAAGUGAUGGCGGACGAUGAAUUCACGUGUGACCUCUUCCGCUUCCUGCAGCUUCUUUGUGAGGGCCACAACAACGAUUUUCAGAACUACUUGAGAACUCAGACGGGCAGCACCACUACCAUCAACAUCAUCAUUUGCACGGUGGACUACCUGCUGAGACUUCAGGAGUCGAUCAGUGACUUUUACUGGUACUACUCAGGAAAAGACAUUAUUGAUGAUCCUGGUAAGAGGAAUUUCUCCAAAGCAAUGACUGUGGCCAAGCAGGUCUUCAACAGCUUGACUGAGUACAUCCAAGGUCCCUGUACUGGAAACCAGCAGUCUCUGGCCCACAGCAGGUUGUGGGACGCUGUGGUGGGCUUCCUGCACGUCUUUGCUCAUAUGAUGAUGAAACUUGCUCAGAUGCACCCCGAUCCUGGACAACGAAAUGGCGAUCAUUUUUGGAGUAGAGCACACUCUGAGGACUCCAGUCAAAUUGGACUGUUGAAGGAGCUGUUGGAUCUGCAGAAGGACAUGGUGGUGAUGCUUCUGUCUCUACUUGAGGGCAAUGUGGUGAACGGCACCAUCGCUAGGCAGAUGGUUGACAUGCUGGUGGAGUCCUCCAGCAACGUGGAGAUGAUCCUCAAGUUCUUCGACAUGUUCCUCAAGCUCAAGGACAUAGUGGCGUCCGACGCCUUCCGGGACUACGUGACCGACCCCCGCGGGCUAAUCUCCAAGAAGGACUUUUCCAAGGCCAUGGACAGCCAGAAGCAGUACUCUCCCUCAGAAAUCCAGUUCCUCCUCUCCUGCUCGGAGGCCGACGAGAACGAGAUGAUCAACUUUGAGGAAUUCGCCGAUCGGUUCCAGGAGCCGGCCAAAGACAUCGGCUUCAAUAUCGCCGUCCUGCUCACGAACCUGUCGGAGCACGUGCCCCACGACACCCGCCUUCAGAACUUCCUGGAGCAGGCCGACAGCGUGAUCAACUACUUCCGCCCUUUCCUCGGCCGCAUUGAGAUCAUGGGAGCCAGCAGGAAGAUCGAGCGCAUCUACUUUGAAAUCAGCGAGGCGAACCGCAACCAGUGGGAAAUGCCGCAGGUCCGAGAGUCCAAACGGCAGUUCAUCUUUGACGUGGUCAACGAGGGCCAGGAGAGCGAGAAGAUGGAGAUGUUCGUGAACUUCUGCGAGGACACCAUCUUUGAGAUGAACAUCGCCGCGUCGAUCUCUGAGCCCGAGGGAGACGGCGCCGAAGAAGAGGACGACGAGGAGGAAGAAGAGGGCGGGGGAGAUCAGGUAGAGUCUGCGGAGGGCGAUGAAGACAAUGGAGAUGAAGCACCUCCAGAGUCCGCCUCAGCAUUUGCGGAGUUCCUGCGGAGCGUGCUUGACUUCUUCAACAUGUUCACCUUCCGUAACCUGCGGCGUCGGUACCGCAAGCUAAGAAAAAUGACGGUGAAGGAGAUGGUGAUCGGCUUGGUUACGUUUAUCUACACCGUCGUGAUGGGUAUCCUGAUGUUCGUGUACGGCAUAUGCAAGGGCUUCUUCACACUCAUAUGGAAGGCGCUGUUCGGCGGAGGCUUAGUGGAGGGCGCCAAGAAGAUGACGGUGACGGAGAUCCUAGCCAGCAUGCCAGAUCCCACGCAGGACGAAGUUCAUGAGGACCUGCCGCCCGAACCAGGGGCUCGAGAGAUCCAAGACGCAGACGGAGGGUCGGACCUCUUGGAUGUUGUGGAGGGAGACGAGGAAGAGGAGGAUAGCGAGGAGAGAGGGGAAGGUGGACGCCUGCCUGGCUUUAGUGCUCCUGGAGGACUCGGAGACUUUGGUGAGACGACGACUGAGGAGCCUCCGACUCCUGAGGGCACGCCGCUGCUGAAGAGGAAAUUGUUGGAAGCCACAGUGGGAGGACCUGGAGAGGAAGAGCAACCUGUUCAACCUGUUCAACCUGAAGAAGAGGUUCCUCUGGAGACCGAGAAAGCAGACACCGAGAAUGGAGAGAAGGAGAAGGAGGCCAAGCCUGAACCAGAGGUAAAGGAGGAGGAGCCUGAGGUGGAAGAGGAAAAGACGGUGAAGACGAAGUCGAAGAAGGACAAGAAACCGGCCGAGGACAGCUUCGAGCUGUGGAAUGAGCUGGAGGUUCAGAGGAUUAAAUUCAUGAACUACCUUUCUCGCAACUUCUACAACUUUCGGUUCUUGGCCCUGUUUAUCUCCUUCGCUCUCAAUUUCAUCCUGCUCUUCUACAAGGUGUCUGAAAGUCCUCCGGGCAUGGGGGGCCCGGAACCGUUGGAGGGUUCUGGUAUGUUUGAGGGCUCUGGCCUGUUUGAAGGCUCCGGUGCUGAGGAGGAUGGGUCCGGAUUAGAUGACGGAGGAGGAGAAGAUGACGAAGAGGAGAGUCCCUUGUACUACUUCUUGGAAGAGAGCACAGGCUACAUGGAGCCAGCCAUGGCUUUCUUCGGUAUCGUCCACACCAUCCUCUCCCUCCUCUGCAUCAUCGGCUAUAACUGCCUCAAGGUCCCUCUGGUUAUCUUCAAGAGAGAGAAGGAGCUGGCCAGAAAGCUUGAGUUUGAUGGUGUCUACGUCACUGAGCAGCCUGAGGACGACGACAUCAAGGGCCAGUGGGACAGACUGGUGCUCAACACUCCAUCCUUCCCGAACAAUUACUGGGACAAGUUUGUGAAAAGAAAGGUGCUGGAUAAAUAUGGUGACAUCUACGGCAGAGAGAGGAUUGCGGAGCUGCUCGGUAUGGACUUGGCUUCUCUGGACGUCAGCGCCAUGACUCAUGAAAAGAAGCAUGAACCAGACACCUCAAUGUUUAGCUGGAUGACUGCCAUUGACAUCAAGUACCAGAUCUGGAAGUUCGGUGUUAUUUUCACUGACAAUACCUUCCUCUACCUGGUCUGGUACACGUUGAUGUCUCUGCUCGGACACUACAACAACUUCUUCUUUGCCUGUCAUCUUCUGGACAUCGCCAUGGGUGUCAAAACCCUGCGCACCAUCCUGUCCUCUGUUACUCACAACGGCAAACAGCUGAUGAUGACAGUGGGUCUGCUGGCCGUGGUGGUGUACCUGUACACCGUGGUGGCCUUCAACUUCUUCCGCAAGUUCUACAACAUGAGUGAGGACGAGGACGAACCGGACAUGAAGUGUGACGACAUGAUGACUUGUUACCUGUUCCACAUGUACGUUGGCGUGCGUGCUGGUGGUGGAAUAGGAGAUGAAAUUGAGGACCCGGCCGGUGACGAGUACGAGCUGUACCGAGUGGUCUUUGACAUCACCUUCUUCUUCUUCGUCAUUGUCAUCUUGCUGGCUAUCAUCCAGGGUUUGAUCAUCGAUGCCUUUGGAGAGCUGAGAGACCAGCAGGAGCAGGUCAGAGAGGACAUGGAGACAAAGUGCUUCAUCUGUGGAAUUGGAAGCGACUACUUUGACACGACGCCGCACGGCUUCGAGACGCACACCUUAGAAGAACAUAACUUGGCCAACUACAUGUUCUUCCUGAUGUAUCUCAUCAAUAAAGAUGAAACAGAACACACAGGACAGGAGUCCUACGUGUGGAAGCUGUACCAGGAGCGAUGCUGGGACUUCUUCCCUGCUGGAGACUGCUUCAGGAAGCAGUACGAGGAUCAGCUCCAAUAACGUCCCGCAUCCUUAACGUCUGAGGGAGAAGGAGAGGAGAGGAGGGAGGAAAGAUUACAAAUGUAGACUCUGAACACAUCUAUUUUCUUAGUUUCUCCUAUCUUGAAGCUAUGCACACUUUGACUGCACUGCUGUACCACCCGCAGCACGAUGUCGACGAGAGAGGUUUGAGGGAAGCAGAAGAAUAAUAUCACGAGGCAUAAACAGACAGGGGCCUUUUUACUGCGCUAUGAAAACACUACACGGCCUUUUUGGUGUAAAAUAUACAUAGACUGCCUUUGUGUAUCAGUGCAUUUAUACAAAACGGGCUCUUUCAGUCGCUACUGCUGUAAACGUUUUAGUGCCUAUAGCAAUGUCACUGAUUUUUAGCUUUAACACUUUUAUUUGAGAUUAGAGUGGAUAUGUUUUAUUUAUAUUGUUUGUAAGGUUGGGAGUUGUUGGUGUUUUUGUAUGUGGCUGUUGCCAUUUGAUAUUUCAUUUCUAAUUUUCUGGAGUUUCAAUGAGAGUGAGCGUUUUGAAAGAAAAAUAAUUCAGCUGCUCACCGUCGUAUCUCCGAGAUCCUCGAGGGAGCAGUGAAUGUUUUAGGCCCCGUCUCGCUUCCUUUUCUUCUUUUCUCUCCCUCUCUCGAAAGAAAACCAGUCUACAAACAAGCGAUCGUGAAUGAAAACUCGCCGGGAUAAUAAAGUGUCAUCUGCGUACGCGACACAUACCGGUGUGAAUCGGCUGUAUAGACGAACCCAGUUUGCACUCUGAAGUCUUACAAUGCGUCCCUGGACGCAUGUGGUCCCCUCUCUCCACUGGUGUCUCUGUGCCAUAUAAGGCAGCGAUGAUGUACACACAUGCAGUAGAGGAGAAUGCCAAGGGUAUUUAUUCUUCUUUAUAUGCAGAUCAGAUCUUCUGAAGACGACCGUUUUAGCCCGUCUGUAUUUCUGGCCAACAGUCUGUUUUAUGACACUUUAUGCACAAAUAAGUUUUUGUCUGUGCAUUGAAAUAACUAGUGAAUGUAUUUAAUGUGUACAUCUUGGCCACUGUGUCAUGUGUAUAACGGAGUAACGUCUGGGCUGCUUAGAGGCCUUUUGAUGAAAAGACAUAUUUUACAUAAAUACAUAUAUUUAUUUUUCUUUAGGGCUUGAGGAAUUUGAGCGAUCGUUCUUCUCCGUCGGACUUGAACACGUCGCGUGUCCCUGUUUGUGAAAAACCCACAGCGGUGGAGAGACUCGUUCUCACACUGAAGUUAAUGCCCAGUUUGCAGUCAGAAGAGCACAUUCUUGUUUUUGCUAGUUAGGUUUUUACGAUAGAUCGGUUCUUUUUCUCCGAGUCACGUGCGCUGCGUCGAUCUCAGACAGUCCUGUCUCACUAAUCCUUUGACGGAUCACAUAAAAACUCUCCGUCUCGCAUCGAAUGUCUCGACACACUUUGUCAGAGGCAGAGCAGUAUUUUGUUUGCUGAUGACUCUGAAGUGUGUAGCUACUUGCAGCUGUGGUCCACGUGGAGGCAGCUGACUGGAGAUCUUGACUUUCCACCUGACUGAGUGUCCUCUGACUGAACCCUGUGUUUCAAUACAGAAUAAACAGAUUAUUUUAAGGACAA